AUGGCGACGGGAAAUAGAUCUUUUUCGGCGUCGGCCGGCGGCUUCGAUAAACUGCACGAAGAUGGCAUGGAUGUCCUGCGAGAUGCAAAGGCCCGGCCGGAAUCCCGUACCGCCGACCAGGAAGCCAGAGAACGCCGAGUCGCGCAUCUGAUGAUCGACCAAACGGCCAUGCCGAUGACCGUCAACGAAGUCAAUAUCCUCGGUGGUAACAACAUUCGACGCCCCUUUCUCAACCCAAUCGUGCAGCCAUUGUUGGCCGAUCAGCCCGGUGCUCCUUCUACGGUGGGAGAAGUGCUAGCAAAGCUACAGGAGGCCAGUGGGAAACUGAGCGCACUACAAAUACUUCGAGAACCACCGGAGGUCUUCCUUCAGCAAUCUGAUCCGACAGAUGCUUCGUCAAACCCGACCGAUGUCAACGUCUCCCUGUCCCUCAAAGAGCUGCCCCGCUUCAAACUACAAACCGGGACCGACGUUGGAAAUGGCGAGGGCUCUGCUUAUGGAUCGCUGCUGUGGCGCAACAUAUUCGGAGGAGCCGAGAUGUUGACGCUCAAUGCACGAUCCGGCACGAGAACGCGAUCUGCCUACAGCGCGAACCUCGGCGCCCCGGUGCUGAGCAACCCAGACAUGCGAGUCUCGCUAGAGGCUCUUGCUUCCGCUUCCGAAAAGCCUUGGGCAUCACACGAGGAAGUGCUCAAGGGUGGCUCGUUUCAAUUCUCAUGGAUCAACAAGCAAAGAGACAGUCAUACAGUAGAGUACGCUGGUCUGUGGCGACAGGUGACUGGUCUGGGUCAAGGCGCUAGUGCUACGGUCCGACAGGACGCUGGUGACUCUCUCAAGAGUGCCCUCAGACAUACGUUCUACAGGGAGCGCCGUGACAAUCCGCAGUUACCCCAGGAUGGCUACAUGGUCCGAUCACGGUUCGAACUUGCAGGUGUUGGGCCACUAGGAGGUGAUGUUGCCUUUUCCAAGAGCGAGCUCGAGCUGGGCGGCGCGAUCCCCAUUCCAAUUCCCGGGUCCUCCCAAAAGUCCGGCAUUUCCGUUGGCGGCGGGCUCCGCAUGGGCAUGCUGUGGCCUUUGCCCUUGGGCUUGGACUUGAAUGGCAAGGCUCAGCCAAGCCGUAUCAACGAUCGCUUCCAGCUUGGAGGUCCUGCCGAUGUAAGGGGAUUCCAGCUCGGUGGUCUGGGACCUCACGACGGCAAGGACUCUGUUGGUGGUGAUGUGUUUGCUGCUGGAAGCGUCAACAUGCUCUUGCCUCUGCCGUACAAGGGACCCGACUCUGGGCUGCGCUUCCAGGUGUUUGCGAAUGGCGGCCGCCUAGUGGCUCUGCAGAAUGCGAGCAAAUCCAAGGGUGAAGAAGCCGGCGUGACCUCGUCCGGUCUCAGUGCUUCGGCCGUCCGAGACGGCAUGCUCAAUGCCGUCGGGGAGUUGCUGAAUGGGGCUCCGAGCGCAGCUGCUGGCGUUGGACUCGUGUAUGCACACCCUGUUGCUCGAUUUGAACUGAACUUUAGCCUGCCUCUGGUGCUACGCAAGGGCGAGGUCGGCACUAAAGGGUUGCAGCUGGGAGUCGGCAUCAACCUAAUGUAG